UUGCACUGUCUAAGCAUCCAGUUGUCUUUGCUUGAUUUCCUAGAGUACAUCACCAAAGCUAUGGCCUCGUCAAAUUAUUCACUGAAGGUUAACAGAGAGCUUUUGGAUCCCAAGUUUGAAAGUUACAGGCUGUCUUUGGAUCCGCUCCCAACUUAUACUAUUGAGCUAGAUGCAGCUGUUGCUGAGGUAAAACUGAAGGACAGCCAGUACACCUUGGAUCAUGUGCGUGCGUUCGGCAUGUACAACUACCUUCACUUGGACCCCUGGUACGAGGACAGCGUGUACUUUGUCGACAGCAAGGGUAGACUGCUUAAUCUGACUGUAACAUUGGACACGGCGCUGGGCAAGCCGCGGGAGGUGUUCCGCCUGCCCUCCGACCCAGAGCAGUGCCCCGAGCGGGUGUGUGCCUCGCUCAGCCUCACCUCAGCCACCUGGGCGGCGCUCUCGGACGGCGCGGGCACCCUCUACCUCCUGAGGACGGGCAACCGGGGCGAGGGCGCCCUCAACAAGUGGGAGCUGUUGUUCAGUGAGCGUCUGGGGGAGCCCUUCAGCGUGCUGCACAGCCUGUCCCACGUCCAGGGGACCCUCCACUGCCUGGAGCUGCUGCUGCUGCGCCUCAUCAAGGAGCCGGGGGACGCCCGUGGGAGCGGCUUCACAGCCUGCCUGGAGUGGGUCACCAUCGCCAGCCACACCACACAGGCAGAGGAGAGGAAGUACGAGGUGAAGAAGCGGCGGGUGAUGAAGGGCCAGUCGGUGCCGCACUACGCCGCUCUGGAGCCCCAGGGGCGUGGCCUGAUGGUCGCCGCCGAGAAGCCCUUCAAGUUCACAGAGGUCGACUCCGUGCCUGUGGAGGAGCCGCCAGCCGAGCCCAUGGACACGGACAACACAGACCCCAUCUACUUCUGGCAGCAGACGGAGAGCGACCUGACGGUGCACCUGCGGCUCCCGGAGGGCGUGACCAAGGACGCGGUGUGUUUCCGGCUGACCGCCGAGCAGCUGAGUGUGGGGGUGCAGGGCUCCGAGCCCCUGCUGGUCGGAGCGCUCCACGCCCCCGUGGACCCCGAGGCCAGCACCUGGACCCUCGAGAACAUGAAGAGUCUGGAGAUCUCCCUGCAGAAGCGUGAGGAGGGCCCCGUGUGGCCUGAGCUGGUGUUGGGGGACAGGAGAGGGGAGUAUGUGGUGAACGAGGAGCAGGUCGCCCUCAUCCACGAGAGACUCUCCCACCUCACCACAGACGACCUGGCCAACGCGGAGAAGGACAAGCCUCCAUGUAACCCUCAGGAGCUGGAGGACUGUGACGUCUGUCCAGAAGACAGUUUCAGCCUGAUGCGCUUCGACGCCGACACACUCAAGCCAAGCCACGUGGUGAACCUGGGCAGCCACCAGUACCUCUUCAGCGUGGACGUGAGUCCGACUGACAUGCCCUGUCUCUGCCUCAGGCACGACGUGGACGCCCUGCUCUGGCAGCCGCGCCCCGGCCAGCCUGAUGCAUUGUGGGAACAUAUUGCCACCUUUAAUGCCCUCGGUUACGUCCAGGCGUCGAAGCGUGACAAGAAGUUUGCCACCUGCGCUCCCGACUCCUCCUUCGCCGCGCUGGGAGAGUGCCUGCGGCGGGUCUUCCUCUACCGCCAGCCGUCGCCCGUGGAUACCGUCCUCUUCAACCGGAAGGAGGGGCGCCAGGUCGGCCAGGUCGCUAAGCAACAGGUGGCGAGCCUGGACACCAACGAGCCCAUGCUGGGCUUCAGGGCGUCCAGAGAGAGGCUGUACGUGCUCACCUCCAGCAGCCUCUUCGUCCUCAAGAUCAACAACCAGUGACAUGCUCCGGGCUGCAGAGUGACUGGGACACUGUCAG